UUGAAGAUCUGAAGACAGAAAUUUCAAAACCAACCUACUGUUGCAGUGCACUGAGUGUGGAGCGUGUAACAGCUAUACCGCCUGUUAAGAGGAAAUCACGGUGCGAAGGGGCUCUAAACGCAUUUGUGUGCGGCUGAAGCUUUGGCCAUGGAGAAACUUGAGGAAUCCCGCCCUGUGGAGAAACCAUGGAAGUGUGGUGACUGCGGGAAAGGCUUCCGUGUCCCAUCUGCCCUGGAGACUCAUCGGCGCAGUCACACCAGAGAAAGGCCCUUCAGCUGCCCUGAGUGUGGAAAUGGUUUUACCCAGGCCUCAGCCCUGCGGACUCACCAGCGGGUCCACACAGGGGUGAGGCCGUUCCCGUGUCCCGAGUGCGGGAAGGCCUUCAGCAAUUCCUUCAACCUCCAGACCCACAGGCGACUCCACACUGGUGAGAGGCCGUUUUCUUGCUCCAAGUGCAAGAAGGCAUUCAGACAUUCCUCUUACCUGCUGACCCACUGGCGGGUCCACACGGGGGAGAGGCCCUACAGCUGCCCCGAGUGUGGGAAGGCCUUCAGCAAUUCCUCCCACCUGCUGACUCACCAGCGGAUCCACACAGGGGAGAGGCCAUUCACCUGCCCCAAGUGUGGGAAGGGAUUUAGUCAAGUGAGCAACUUGUGGAAGCACCAGCGUCUCCACACUGGGGAGAAGCCC